AUGGCAAGGAAAUGGCAAAGAAUAGCAGCUGCCAGCAGAAGAAGAGUUUCUUGGUCAAAAUCAUUGGCUGAGAAAGGUCACUUUGUUAUUUACACGAGUGAUAAAAGACGGUUCAUGAUUCCUUUGACAUACCUCAAAAGCGAAAUUUUCACAGAGCUCUUUAGAAUGGCUGAGGAAGAGUUUGGAGUAGAAAGUUCAGGGCCAAUUACACUGCCUUGUGAUUCGAGCUUCAUGGAAUACACAAUCUCCGUGAUCCAAAGACAUGUCGCUAAGGACUUGGAGAAGGCACUGAUCAUGUCUUUAACCACCUGUAGAUACUCAUCAUUUUCUAAUGACCUUCAAGAACAACCCAAUCAACAACCAUUUAUCUGCAGUUUUUAG